AUGGUCGAAUUCACUCUUCAAAAGUCAGAGCCUGUUACCGGAAUAGUCCAUUCUAUUCACACUCAGAUCCCACCAAAGGCGUUUGAGUUUGUGGACUCGUCGUUCAAAGACAUCGUUUUGUUUGUGGGUGGUCUCACCAAUGGUAUCCUUGGAGUUGGAUACCUUCCAUUGCUGGCUAAGGCAUUGGCUCCGCUUGGGUUCGGACUUGUUCAAGCCCUACUAUCUUCUAGUGAUAGAGGAUGGGGAACGUCAUCGUUGAAAAAGGAUGCUGCGGAGCUUGCUCAGUUGGUGAAAUAUUUGCGAACAAAAGCGGGCAAACGCAACAUUAUCCUAAUGGGUCACUCAACAGGCUGUCAAGAUACAAUUCACUAUCUGCUCCAUCAAAAUCCUACUGAACCAACUUUACGGGUCAAUGGAGCCAUUUUCCAAGCCCCUGUAUCUGAUCGAGAGGCUUUUUCAAAUGAAUUGCCCGUAGAAGAAUUGGAUGCAUUGAAUGAAGAAGCCAGAGCAAUCUUGGAGUCAAAAGGACCUAACGAAUUGCUCCCCCAAAAGUUCCGAGAGUUGGCUUUCAAUACGCCUAUCACUGCUUAUAGAUGGCUUUCUUUGAUGGCCCAAAGGGGAGAUGAUGACUACUUCUCAUCGUAUCUUACAGAUGAAGAAUUUAGCAAUACCCUAGGAGCAAUUAAUGUUCCCUUUUUAUUACUCUAUUCUGGAAGUGACGAGUUUGUCCCUCAAACUGUUGAUUCGAACAAGCUGGUUGACCGUUGGAAGGCAAUAGUUCAGCGAAAUGGUUUGUCAGAUUGGAGUCAAUAUUCAGGUAUCAUUGAUGGAGCCACUCACGAUCUGGGCCCCCAAUCAGAUGCAGGUGUAGAUAGAGUCGUCAAUUUCAUCAAGAACCUCUCCUGGGAUAAGAAUUAA